AUGUAUAUCAAGUUCUUGCUGCCGAAUGACACACCUUCCCUCGAUGGAAUCACAACGUGCCCACUGCAAUGCCAGUACGAGCAGAACGACUUCACUAACAACGUGGACUGUGUGACGCAAAAUGUUUUGGAGGCUCAUUUCCGCAUUGGCCCUCCAUCAGCCGGCAGAGGAGUUGCAAAGGAUCCCCUCGUCGAUGUUUGUUUGAUUCUCAUGGAUUGGCAGAUUGUAGACGUCUGGCAAGAAGUUUUGGUCUUCAACUGUUUCACCUCCAGAGUCGAGUUCCGAUCUUGGGUGCAGAGGGAAGACCUCUGGGGAGCAAAUGCUGCAUCUGCAGCAACUCUCCUCAGCAGGUUCCAGGAUGAGGAGCUGAUUUCAGACAUCGAGAUGUCUCGUGAACCAAGAGAUGUCGACGAUAGGGGUGGCGCAGAGGCUGAGCGCCGAGCUGCAUGGAGAUCUGUUACCGGUGAGCCCGAGAGCAAAGGAACUACCUGGCCCGAUAUGACGAGAACACUUUGUGCAGCCUUGUGCACUCAUGUUGACGACUUCUUCUGGGCGACCACAGAGACGCUGAAGGACGCGAAUGGCGUCGUCGCGUUAGCUUUGAACGACGCAGAGAGGUCGAAGACAAGACUCUCCAUAGAAUUCGCCGGACUGCGACAGACCUUGUGGGAAGACGAUGUGCAAUAUGUUACCUGCAAACGCUUGGUCAUCUCUGACUUGGAGCAUCGUGCCAGAGCUUGGCACGCCGGCUUGCGAACAGGCCUCGUACCAUCGAGCUUCGCGCGGCGCUUCGCACCGGCCGAGCAGCUGAGGGUGGGCAUGGCGAUGGCCGACGGCGACGGCGACGGUUCCUUUGGCAUAGCAGCGCUGCAAGAGGCAAUAUCCAUGGGGGAGAAGCUGUCCUCAGAGGCUUUGGAGGCAGCUCGCAAGCUCCGGCGAGCCUAUCGACUGAAACAGACUGCUGAGCUGCCCACAGAGCUGCAGGAGAACGUGAGUGUCGACGUUUGCGAACGGCACUUGUCUGUAUCUUGUCUGUCCUGUAGGAAACAACAUGAAACGGAGCAUGCUGGACGUGAAAUGCAACUCAGCCCGUCAGAAUUCAGAGUCUGUCUGUGUCGGCAGCGUGCUGGGCCCCCGAAACGUCUCAGAACAGGAUAG